AGGAACCGGCUGCUAUACUUCCUGUUCCUGGUGUCGGCAGGGCUGGGUCACGAGGUCUUCUACAUCACCUUCCCUCCUUGCUUACACUGGAACCUGGACCCCUUCCUCUGCAGACGCCUUGUCAACAUCUGGACCAAAAUAGCUGAUGACCCUUCCAACUCCGCCCACCGGCAUCCUAAUAAGGAAACAAGAACAAAGACAGAAUACGGCAGACAGAGUGGGAGGGUCGUCACAUUCCCCCCCAUAAAACCGGGGACCAACAAGGACCCCAGAACAUCAUACCAGCCUCUGCGUCCCAAAUUGACGAGGGGUUAUGUGUUCACAACCGCCACCUGCACCAACCAACCUCCUCCUCCCCAGAUCUCAGCAACCUUUGUGCAUAGGAAGCAAUAUUUAAGAGGAAAGAAUUGGCACCUGCCAAUAGCCUUUUAACAGGUCAAAUUUGCUCACAAACUUAGCUGCACCGACUUGAUCAACACAGUCCUCCAUCCGAGGAAGAGGAAAUGAAUCUGGCUUUGUGACACUGUUUACCUUACGGUAGUCCUAACAAAAACAGUGUGUUCCAUCCGGUUUACUGACCAAGAUACAAGGAGAAGCCCAACUGGAGAAAGAAGGCUCUGCUAUCUUAUUCUCCAGCAUGUACUUGACCUCAGCAUCCAGACAACGUAGUUUCUCUGAAGAAACUCUAUAGAACCGCUGACGAAUGGGGUCAGCACCUCCAAUGUCAAUAUCAUGUUCUAUUAAGUUUGUACGUGUAGGUGUAUCAGAAAACAAACCUGGAAAUCUCUGAAUCAGACCAACCAUCUCUUUCCGCCCAUCAACAGAUGGUGAUGUACAUCGGCCAGGCCCUGAAGGAUGUGCUGAAGCUGCCACGCCCUCUAUCGCCCCCAGUGGUGAAGCUGGAGAAGCGUGUGGAUGCUGAGUAUGGCCUUCCCUCCACCCACGUCAUGGCCACCACCGCCAUCUUCUUCACCCUACUCCUCAGCGCCCCUUCCAGGGUUCAAUUCCAGUUUGAAGUGGGUCUGCUUGUGGCGGUGGUGCUGUCUGUGUUGGUGUGUCUGAGUCGUCUGUACACAGGCAUGCAUUCUGCUCUGGACGUGAUCUGUGGUGCUCUAAUCUCAGCCACAUUAAUGUUGGUCACCUAUCCAUACUGGGAAACCUUCGACCGGCUCCAGCUCACCUCCCCACUCUCCCCCAUCGGGGCAUUGGUACUAGCUCUCUUCCUGAGCUACACCUACCCUGAGCUGGACCAUUACACCACCACGCGGGGGGACACCACCACCAUCCUGGGGGUGGGUGCAGGCUGUUCUGUGGGCUACUGGGUAAAUGAGAGGCUGGGGGAGACGUUUGAGCCCCAGGGGGUGCUACCCGUACCCCUGCCAGCACUGACACUGGGUGGCUUAGCCCUGGCCAGCUCCCGCUUUGUGGUGGGUGUCGUGGCGUUGGUGGCAACUCGACAGAUAAUGAAGACAGCCAGUCUGUGGGUGCUGUGCUCCUGGUAUGGAGUGUCAGUCAAAGACAUAGACGCCAGGAGAAGGAAGGAGAUCGAGGUGCCGUAUAAAUUCACCACCUAUACUUCUAUAGGCCUGGUCCACUCUAUUCUGGUCAAUAGACUGUUCAUAGUACUGGGACUGCUAUGACCCAAUGCUUUUAUGAACUGUUAAAAUAUAUACACUACCAUUCAAAAGUUUGGGGUCACUUAGAAAU